CUGCAAGAUUGCUUUUCAAAGGGAACAAAUCAAGUUUUCUUUAUAUUAUUAUGCCCUGGACAAAGAAGCAAUUGAUGCCAUGGAAAAGCCCUCAUGAAUAGUGUUCAAGCAUAAAAGGAUUGCUUCAUAAUAUCUUUCUCUAUGAUAGGAGAGUAUUAGAAGUACAAGUUGGCUGGUUAAGUGUCUAACUAAUCUGUUCUCUUUAUGAUGUUCAGAGCUGAGAUUACAUUUUUCUGAUAGAAAAAAGAACUUAGGAUAUUAAAAAUUAUGAAAUAUUAGGCAAACUUCAUAGGAACUUUGCUGAAUCUCAACAUGUAACUUUUUGAAAUAGUGUUCUAGAGCAUUUACUCUCUAAAAUUGAAGCUGGUUCAAGAUUUAUGUGGGUUUGCUUUUGCCAUCUUCUUUGAAAUUUUGUAUAAUAACAAACCUCACAAUGAUGUAGCCUUAGUGGUCAUACUUAAUUUUGCUUUCAGCAUUCUUAUAGUAGAACUUCAGAUCUCAUCUGCAUCCAUACUUUCUCUCCUCUUCUCAUGCAUUGUCAGUUGGGUAUAAAAUGUUUUAUGUAAAACCCAAAUAACAUGAAUUUUUAAGGAUGUGUGUCGAUUCCCAAAUUGAGUUGAGCCCUUUCUGAGUUGAAAACUGAAAGGAACUUUCAUAUGAUCAAAUUCCUUAUUUUAUCAUAUUGCAUAUAAACUAGGAAAAAUUCAUUAUAUUUCUUAUACGCUUAGAUAACAUGUAAACCAGGAAAACUUUGGCUGUUGCUCAUGUUGCCAAUGCUUAUAUGGAACAGAAGCAAUCAUUAUCUCUCCAAUUAGGGUUCUUCCAUUUGGCGAGCAAGGUGUAGUCUAAUUUUCAGCAGCAAGGGUAUUUCAACAGCUUGGUCAAUUGCAUUUUUUUGCUGCUUUCUAAAUGAGAUGUAAUGCUGCAAAAGAAAGGGAACCUCACUUGCACCACGCUCUGGCAGCUAAAAAUAUGCUUGUGAAGUGUGAUGAUGUUUAAUAGCCUGCCAUCAGACACAAUUUGUUGAGGAGUAUUUGGAAUCUUUUGGGGAUUAUGGGAUACAGUUUAGAGCUGAAAAGUAGUUCAAGGCAGCAUCAAACCUCAAAAAUAGUGAAGGAGAAGUUCCAAUCACCCCAAGCAAAUCAAAGUCUAAAGUUUCAAGACAAGUUUAAAGUAGAAAAUUCUAUUGGUGAUCUGCAUACAAUAGUACAACCGAAUGUUAAUGAAGGAUCUUUGUUCCAACGGAAAUUUUCUGCUGGUCACCAAAAGCAGCACACCAGUAGAAAGGCAACUAAAGAUGAUGAGCUUGUCAAGCACAUGUCGAAUUUGCCAGGUUAUCUCCAGCGCAUUGAAAAAGGAGAAAACCUUCAAGAAAAGGCUUUGAAUUUUGGAGUUCUUGAUUGGGAGCGCUUAGAACAAUGGAAGCAUAACCAGAAGCAUGUGCCAGAAAGAGGCAGCACAAAUGCAUCGUCCACCGGUAGUAAUUCAUCAUUGGUUUCGUCAAUUGGAUCAUCUACCUUGUCUAGUAGAGAUCAGAAUGGGACUCGCAUUCGUCACAGUAAGCAACACUUGUCAUCUUGUUCUAAUAUUAGUUCAUCUCAUAAGGGAGAUCUUUCUCAAGGUGCCAAACUAGCCCGAGGGAAGGUUACAUGCCUUAAAGAUUUUGAAACUUCACCAAAUAGCAACUUGGGUAGGCAGCGAAAACUCCCCUAUACAGACAAGCCUUUUAGCAGAAGUUAUUCGGAGACAUUGCGCAAGAAAAAGGAUGUAGAUCAAAAGAUGUCAGAAAUGGGGACUUCAUCGUCAAACCUGAGAAAGCAUGGGGUUUCAUUGAGUACAAAGAAACAGAUGAGUAGUUCAGAUGCUAAAAUUGAGAAGAGAGUUGAAGUGUCAGAAGAAUCAGAUUCUGAUCUUGCUCGCAAACAUUGCUCAGACAAGCAUAAGAACAUUGUUCUCCUUUUACCCACUAAUCUCCCUCAAAACAGUUCUUCAGAGGCAUUUCAGCUCCCAGAAGGCAGAAAAUUAUUUGAUGAAAAAUCAACAGUAAAUUUUCCAAAACGCAUUUCAGGUGACUUUUCUCCUGAGAAGAUUCACUCAGUGGGACUCCCUUCUGAAAUUCCACACUCUUGUCCACUUCCCUGUAGAGAGGAGUUGUACACCAACUCAGAUAUGAAACCACAAUCCAUGAACAUCACUCAGGGAAUGGAGCUUCCAUCUAAUGCAUGUCACAUGUCUCCAUGUUCAAGAGAGAAACCAACCAUGCAAUCUGAAGGCAAGUCAGAAACAAAACCUAUGAAUUCAGCUGUAAACGAGAUGUCCAAAAAACAGGACCUGGAAACUGCCAAAGGAAGAAAUCCGUCACCUAAUCGCCGGUUUACCCUUGGCCUAGCUAGGAUGAGCAGAAGCUUCAGUUUUAAGGAGGGCUCUGCUCUUCCACAAUUGAGCUCUACAUAUGCUACAGUCAGGUCUGGUCCGGCAAAAUCUGAAUCUUCUGCUUGUUCAGUUAACUCAAGCAGAGAAAAGGCAAAUGCUAAUAGCAGAGCCAGGUCGAGUCCUUUAAGAAGGUUACUGGACCCGCUACUGAGACCCAAGGCAGCAAACCUACUCCAAUCUGCUGAGACUGUCCAGGCAUUGGAAGGAAGCUUAUGUAGACCUUUAGACUUCUGUCAAUCUCUUCAUAAUGAGAAGCAUGAGGCAUCAACAAUCCAAGCCGUUUUGCAACUUACAAUGAAGAAUGGACUCCCUUUGUUUAAAUUUGUGGUCAACGACAAAAGCACAAUUCUUGCUGCCACUGUGAAAGAACUAACUGCAUCUGGGAAGGAUGAUUCGAGCUGGAUUUACACAUUUUACUCUGUUCAUAAAAUUAAAAAGAAGAGUGGAAGCUGGAUGAGUCAAGGUAGCAAAGGGAACAGUUCUAGUUAUGUCUAUAAUGUUGUGAGUCAGAUGAAUGUUUCCAGCUCUCAUUUCACAGAGUCUGAACAGAACCUCAAGAACCAAUACACAGUGAAAGAGUCUGUCUUGGUUGGUGUUGACCUAAGACAAGGAAAAGAGGAAACACCGGAGUUUAUGCCAAACAGGGAGCUUGCAGCCAUUGUCAUCAAAAUUCCAAUUGAGAACUUGAACCAUGGAGGGGAUAGCAAUAAAAAUAAAGAUCUAAUGGGGAAAGGAUUCAAAGAAUGUUUGCCUGAAGAUAGAUGCUCUUGUAAAUUAGGAGAAAAUGGGGAUCCUUUUAGCACCACUGUCAUUCUUCCAAGUGGUGUGCAUGGGUUGCCCAGUAGAGGAGCACCUUCACCUUUGAUCGAUCGAUGGAAGUCUUCUGGAUCAUGUGAUUGCGGAGGUUGGGAUAUUGGUUGCAAACUUCAAAUUCUCACCAGCCAAGAUCACUGUUGUUGGACUUCAAGAUUGCCCAACCAUUGCAAUGUCACAAAUCGUUUUGAUCUUUUUGUUCAGGGAGGAGGGUAUCAAGAAAAGAAGCCCAUCUUCAGCAUGGUGCCAUUCAAGGAGGGAAUUUACUCGGUUGAAUUCAAUGCAACAAUCUCUCUGAUACAGGCAUUCUCCAUUUGCGCAGCAGUUACAAGCCAACAAAAAUCACCUGUUCUCUCAGAAGCCAUUAUGUCAGAAGCAGGACUUUCGGAGGAACCCAUUCCAGAUGGAUGUGAUGGAGUAAAGACUCCCACUCUCCUCAAAGGGGAUGCUGGUUCAAAGUUUGUCCCAUAUCCUCCCCUCUCUCCUGUUGGAAGAGUCUAGUCCCAUGGUUGCAAACAGCAAUUGGAGGAAGACAACAUUUGUGCCCGUUUUAGUUUUGUAACUUCUGUAGUAUCAGCGGUAAGACAAUCCAUGUAUGUACCAAAUAAAGGCAAUACAACAUAUAACAUCAGCAUUUUGAAAGCGUGUGAACAACAUGCCUGGGAGAGUAACUACUAACGACUGCCAUGCUUAUGCAGAGGGAAUCACAGGGUGCUUCCGUAGACUUAUUCUCUUGGCAUGCCGCAUCUCUUCAGCACACUACUUCUGAAUAGAUGCGACCAUUUUGGCUUGCUGAGAAGAUGGAGAAUCAAAACCAAGGAAAUUAAGUUAGUACUUAGUGGUUUGCCUCGAAUUGAAGUAUAUAGCCAAAAUAUUGUUAUGUCCUUGUUGAUAACUGAUUGUGUCCCAGAAUUGUACUCUUAUUGUCAACUAACCUCUAAGCGCAAGGACUUUAAAUUUAUAGUACCUAAUUCAGAUGGUCAAACCUUGAGAAAUUAGUU